CCAGCACAACCAGACACAGCGUCUUUGCGUACCACCUCAUGGCGUGCGACGUGUAAAGUCGAUCCUGGUCAAUCCAGAUGACUCUCGCACGUCAAGCAGGCGGACAAUAGUCCAGCAGCAAGUUGCGAAUGGAGGUCCCGAGAACAAGAGGCGCAUCGUCACCGCAACUGUAGAUAUAUUUUUAAGGCUCAACUUUCAUUGGUCAUAGAGGUUGGUCACUGAAAUCGAAGAGGGCCUCCUUGAGAGAACAGGGGAAAAUGAAGAGAAAGGGGAGAGCCUUGGAGGGGGUCUCUUCCGUUCAGAGUCAGGGACCAAUGAAUGCUGGGCUUUAAUAUUUGUGCCACUCAAGGCUGCUGGCGCAUGCGAUGAGGGGACAUCGGUUCGGAAGCCAGAGCCUGCGAUGAGGCGGUUGGAGCAUUGCGUGUUGACAGCAUUUACUUACCGUUCCGAAAAUCAUUAUGAGAAAUCAUUUGAGAAGACGGCAGGAUGUAACGGCUCGUGGGAG